AUGAUUGCCAGAAAACAACAUUACUAUAAUCAUCAAAUAAGUAGCGAAUAUAAUGUGAAUAUGACGAAUUCGUCAAUGACGAAAGAGAAAAAUGACCAGCUUCCACUUUUUCGGUGGCUGUUGGUUCCAUUGGCAGUUUUUUUGACUUUGAUCCCCUCCGUAAUUCUCUCACAAGCAAAAAACCCCAAUAAACUAGUUCCGUCGUCAAUUGCCACAAAAAUAUCCACAAAUGCAAAAAUCCCCGCCGGAAUUGUGCUGACGCCAUCGUUGUCAUUCAACGGAGACGAUGUAUUUGUCGCGUGCAUAUGGGUUAUUACGAUGUUGGGUAUUUCGGGACUAGUACGGCAAAAGAAGAUUUUUGGGCAAUUUCUCGCUGCAUUUCUCAUCGCUUUUACUGCAUUGCAAACUUUUCUCGCAUUCUGCGGAGUAUUUACCAAUAAUCGCGCAAUCGCAUCAAGUUUGAAUGGUGCAUGGCAAAGAGCCUACGAAAACAACAAAGAUCUACUUAAAGAAAUUCAAUACGAGUUCUCAUGCAAAGGAUUUGCAUCGAUCGAUGAUCGAUCCGUGGAAAUCCCAGAAUCGUACGAUGUCUCGUGCGGAAUAGUGAUGGUUCAACGGUUCGGACCGCAACUUUACUACGUUGUGAUGAUGAUGUUUAUUUCGAGAUUAAUUCAGUCGAUCGGCGUAUUUGCGCUAACAUACAUAUUCCAAAAACUCAUACAAUCAUCAUCACAUAACGAGGAUCCUGAAUCCUUUACGGUUCAUUAUCAAAGUGAAGUACCAGAAUUAGGUGCAGACGGCGCACAUGACGAAAAAUCACAUUACAACACAAAUAUUUUUUCCGGGAUAUAUCGAUAUUUUGUAUCAUCCACGGCCAACAAUGGUAAUCACCAAAAUGAUGGUGAAGACGAUGAUAAUGAAGAAGAAGAAGACGAGAAUUUACCGAAAUUACUGUUGGUUUUUGAUAUCGACGAAGAUGAUGAGGAAGACGUUGACGAUGAGAUUGAACAUGAUUUCGAAUCAUAG